CCUGGGGAGAAGGAGGACCAAGUUGGGGCUGGAUCCUUGAGUGGCGGGGUGUAGCAGCUGCUUGGGGAGGGGGCCUGGAGAUGUAAUGAGUCCCCCACUGACCAGCUACUUUGUAGGCACGCUUUGGAAAAACCUCUGGGAAAUGUCAGAAAGAGAAGCGGACCAGGCGCCCCAGGGGGCUGGGAUGCAGCUCUCUAGCCACCCUGCACUUGGAGGCCUAGGCAGGACUCGCUGUCCAAUGUGCAUGGAACUCUUUAAAGACCCCAGGAUCUUGCCAUGCUUGCACACGUUUUGCACGACCUGCCUAAAACAGUUAGAGCCCUUCUCUGUCCUGGUGUUGCGACCACCAGACCCAGGAAAAACCUCAGAGGAUGCGAGGCUCUGGGAUAAGCAGCCCCAACAGCUGGAGCCACAGCUUAGCAUCCUGUGCCCAGUCUGUGAUACGGAGGUUGAUCUGCCUCCUGGAGGAGUGAAGGCCUUAACCAUGGACCACCUGGCUAUAAAUGAGGUGCUGCUACAAAAUCUGCAGGAGGACACUCCAGGCGUGGUGUGUGAUCUGUGCAGUGACAGGGAAGUGGAGAGUCGAUGUCUAACCUGCAAAGUGAAUCUCUGCCAGUUCUGCAGCCAGGCUCAUAGGAGGCAAAAAAAAACUGCUUCCCACUCUGUCGUGCCCAUGAGGGACCCGAAAGGAUACAGCCAGAUUGGGAGGCCGAUUAUGUGUUCCAUCCACCCUGCUGAGGAGCUGAGCCUGUUCUGUGAGCAGUGUGACCAGCCAGUGUGCCAGGACUGUGUGGUAGGUGAGCAUCGGGAGCACACUUAUGACUUGAUUAGCAACGUUAUCCACAAGCAUGGGAACUCCAUGCAGGAGCUCCUUCACAGCACCCAGCCCCACAUGGACACCUUGGAAAGAGCGCUGGCCCAGAUCGAGGGUGUGGGCAGUGCCCUCCGGAGCCGCAUGGAUGCUCUGUCUGCCGACGUCCAGGAGUUUCGUGAAGGCUACAUCACCGCUAUCAGAGAACACUGUGAUCAGUUGCUGAAGCAAUUAGAAGACCUCCAGAUCCAGAAAGAGAACUCUCUGCACCUCCAGAAGCUCCAGGUGGAGCAGCUGCUGGCAGACCUGAGGACUGGGGUUGAGUUCACUGAACGCUUGCUGAGUAAUGGCUCCGACCUGGAGAUCCUCAUCACCAAGGGGGUUGUGGCGAGCCGGCUGAAGAAGCUCAAGAAAGCCGACUACAGCGUUGGCCCUGGGGUGGACGACGGCAUCUGCUUCUCCCCGCAGGAGAAGGCGGGCCAGUAUGGUGGCUAUGAAGUGUUUGGGGCCAUUCUCACCAAAGGGGUUGAUCCAUCCAAGUGCCUUCUCCAAGGGGAAGACAUCCACAAAGCUUGGGAGAAGCAGCAAGUCACUUUCACCCUGCUCUGCAGAGAUAUUUUGGGGAAGCACAUGGACAGAGGAGGAGAGCACAUCAGAGUGAGCGUCGGCCAUAAAAAUAAGAAGGACUGUGUUCUUAAGACGAUGGUCCAGGAUAACAGCAAUGGGACUUACACUAUUUCCUUUGUCCCCGAGGAGCCCGGCCCCUACACUGUGUGCGUCUGUGUCAGAGGGCAGCAUGUCCAGGGCUCGCCAUACAAAAUGAUAGUGAGGAGAAAGUUCCGCCAACACCAGGGCAUCUUUCAUUGCUGCUCAUUCUGUUCCAGUGGGGGCCAGAAGAGUGCCCGGUGUGCCUGUGGAGGAACCAUGGCAGGUGGGUACCAAGGUUGUGGACAUGGACACAAAGGUCACCCAGGCUGCCAUCAUUGGUCGUGCUGUGGAGCUACAAAGGAGAAGUCGGACUGCUCGUGGAGAGUGGAGGCGGGGAGUUCCCAGAGGAGCCUGGUCAGGACGGUGGCACUCUGAGUUAUCUGAUGAUGAAAAGGCCGAGAUUGCAUGAUUGUCACUUAGCAGGAAGUCCCCAGGCCUUGUGGCAGAGCUGCUGAUUAAUUCUGAAGA